AUGAAUAAAAAUCAAGAAAAACGUAUAUUUCGUGAUCGAAUCGAUGCUGGUUGCAAAUUAGCUGCCCAUCCUGAAUUACAAAAAGUUAAAAAUUUAACAUCAAAUGAAAAAAAUUCAUAUUUAGUUAUAAGCUUACCGCGUGGUGGUACUGUUGUUGGUGAUGAAUUAGCUAAAGAAUUAGGAAUAACACAUGAUUUAGUCUUUCCAAGAAAGAUUUCUUGUCCUGGUCAACGAGAAUUUGCUAUUGGUGCUGUAUCAGAAUUAGGUGAUGUUAUUUGGAAUGAUUAUGCGAAACAAGAAAAUUUAAUUGAUCUACCAAAUGUACAAGAAAGUAAAGAUAAACAAAUUCAAGAAGCAAAACGUCGAAAAGAAAUUUAUCGUGGUAAACGGAAACCAUUGGAAAAUUUGAGUGAAAAAACAGUUAUAUUAGUUGAUGAUGGAUUAGCAACAGGUGCAACUAUGAAAUCUGCUAUUAAUACUUGUAAACAUUUGAAUGCUAAAUCAAUAAUUGUUGCUGUUCCAUGUGGUUCAAUUGAUCGUGUUAAAGAUAUUAGUACAUUGGUCGAUAAUAUUAUAUGUUUAACAACACCGUAUGGUUAUCAUGCAGUUGUACAAUGUUAUAAAUCAUUUGAUCAAACAACUGAUAAGGAAGUCAUUGAAAUCAUGGCUAAAUAUCAAGAUUCAACGAGCGAAGAUGAUUUGCAAAGUUCCGGAUGGCCUUGGACAAACUACUAUAAAAGUUUUAGUAAUGAUCGUGCUAAUCAUCUUAAAAAACUUGUUAUGAUCGACUUCUCUAGUGGAUUCGAGAUCCUUGAAAUACUUUUAACACAAACACCGAAUUUACAAAGUUUAGUUAUAUCAAAUGGAUACAAUACAGAUAUAAUUGAUGCUUUUCGUUGGUAA